UAUCUCUACUUUGAUUUAGGACUAGAGAGUAAUAAGAAUAUAAUUUAACAUUAUAGAUUUGCUUAGGAAAGUAGGAAAAAUAAACGCUUUGAUUUAAAUACAUAAUACAAAGUGUCAAACCUGUUCUAUACUUGUAAAACAAAAUAAAAUGAAACAAAGUGGUUUAUUUCUUUUUUUCACUUUAUUCGGUAUUGUGAGCUGUUCUCAUUUUAGAGGUGCUAUUUUCACGUGGGCCCCGGGAAGUGAUGGAACAUAUAUAAUAGUUACGUUCCGUAUCUCAUGGCGUAUUGGUAGGGCCUUCUGUAACGAUACGAUGAUUGCUGACGGCACACUUAUUAGCGGCGAGGGAACGAUGACGUGUUUUAGCGGUUGUACCGGAAAUGUAGGAUCUCUUAAAUUCUACUGUACAGACUAUAAGGCUGAGGAGUGGAGUUUUGGGCGAAACAGUGUUAUCUAUGUACCACCUAGUUCUGUAAAGCAAUUUAGCUUCGGAUUCAGUGGUGGUAAUUGGAUAGCUUUACUGCAAGGUGGAGGCAGCUGGUCACUACGAGCAACUGUUGACCUAUCUAUGCGAUCUGACAAUGGGAAGAUAAACACAUCACCGACAGUAGAAAUGCCCCCUGUUGUAAACUGGCAGACAGGGUGCUCGUAUAAUUUAACUCUACCAGUUGCAGAUGUUGAUGGAGACGUUGUCAAAUGUCGCUGGGCAAAGGAAACAGAAGAAUGUGGUGGGGUUUGUCAAACAUUUCCCGGCUCCAAAUUGGAUCAGGUGUGUUUUAGCCGGACAAUUUUGCUCACAUAUACUCGAUGGUUUUAGCAUAGCUCUUUUGAUAUCCCUAAUUGUACAUUGUUACGCUACAUUAAUUGCCCAGUCACCAUUUGAUGAGGGUCUGACUCAGUUUGCUUUUAUUUUGCCAUGAAUAUAACACGUGACGUUCUUGGAACAAAUAAAACGUUUUAUUUUCUAAAUUGAAAGGUGACAUUUUACAUGUUUAUGAAUGACAAAUCUUAUAACUACUUUUUGAUACGCCUUGUUCAUGACAAUGACUUGUUAUUUUUGUACCUUUCAGGUACAUCAUAUUUAUCAUCAUUUUGAAUUAAGAAAAGAUUUUUCCAAAAACGAUUUUAUGUGGUACGAGCCAUUUUGAACAGCAACAUAAGGAUAUCAUAUAUAAAUGUUGGCUUUAUUUUUUGACGGAUUAAUAUAAAACUUUCCUGACAUUUUAGCGUGAAAACAAAAUUAAUUGAUAUUUUUCAAAAUUCUUCUUUGGUCAGAAUUUGACACAUGUACAUAUUGUUGGCCAUAAAAUUAACGUCAAAGAUAUCUCAAAAAUAAAAAUCAUAAUAUUAC